ACAAAAUCAGCAGGCUCGUGCUAGAACAGACCCGGCAAAAUGGACGAUAUAGCACUGCGGGCGUCUGACCAUGUUUUAGAGGUGAUAUUCUCGUAUCUGGAUCUGCACACGCUGAGAAACUGCUCGCUGGUGUGCAAGCGGUGGUACCAGUUCCUCAACGACGAGAACAACGAAGUGUGGCGGACGCAUUGUAUACGGAAGCUCGCGCAGGAGGCCCUCAGCUCCGAUUUGUUGUCGUCGGUGCCCACGUACAAGUCGAAGCUGCGGGCGUUUUACCACGCGUGGAACCCGAACGACUGCUCGCGCAACAUCUACAUCAAGCCGAACGGAUUCACGCUGCACAGAAAUCCCGUAGCACAGAGCACAGACGCGUGUAGAGGCAAGAUAGGCUUCCGACAUGGGCGUCACGCGUGGGAGGUGAUUUGGGAAGGACCGCUGGGGACAGUAGCGGUGAUAGGGAUAGCUACUAAAGAAGCGCCUCUGUUGUGUCACGGGUACGUGGCGUUGCUCGGCUCUGACGAGCACUCCUGGGGCUGGAACCUCGUGGAUAACCAUCUGUUGCAUAAUGGAGACCCCCAGGGAAAUUAUCCCCUGCUCAACAAUGCUCCGAAGUAUCAGGUCGGCGAGAGAAUUAGGGUAAUUUUAGAUUGUGACGACAAUACGCUGUCUUUCGAGAAGAAUUAUGAAUUUUUGGGUGUAGCUUUCAGAGGAUUGCCAGACAAGAGAUUGUACCCAUCCGUGUCUGCGGUUUACGGGAACACGGAAGUGUCCAUGGUGUACUUAGGACCGCCGCUGGACGGCUAACACAUCACACUCGAGAAACACAUAUCCUCAAAAGGCUCGCUUGAGGCAGUGCAAUGCAUUCUAAACGCCAAGUUCUCUGCAUCGUACCGACAUUGGUCUACGUUCAGGUAGAGCGAGCGCACCGACGGCAGCCUGUGUACAAUAUUCUUUACGGAGAAUGCGUGCCUGCUAGAUUACUUGCAGAGUAUGGAGAUGAUAUUGUAAAUAAUAGGCACUUUGUUCGAAAGAUUUAUACCACUGCGAAGAUUAUACCAUCCAGCGUAUACGCAAUGGCUAAUACCGUGACUGUUACUUUGAUUGUGUUGUGUCAGUCGAUCUGUUCGAUUAGCGUGAUUGUGUGCGUGUGCACAAAUACGUGGAGGCUUUAAGCAGUAUCAGUUGUUGAUCGAUUAACAAGGGAAUACGUUUCCGUAAUUUGUCAGAACUUUCUCUUGGCUAACACUACUUUUACUGUUAUAAAUCGAAAAUCGAUUAUUCUCGAUGUAUGUACAAGGUACAUAUAGGGAAUUAGUAAUCGUUUGUCACGCUUAAUACCUCCAUGCAGUGAUAAUAAUAAUUAUUAUUAUUCAAUUACGUAAUUAAUUAAUAAUUUCUCACUUUUGAGAAUUCCAUAUCUAAAUCUGUGUCAUACUUGCCAUAAUUACUACUUAGCCUCGAUUUAUUUGCAUCCAUGUUUUAAUGGUGCGUAUCAAUAUACCUCAAAACACUUGUAACUUUAUUAUUAUUUUAUUAUUUAUUUGCUAGUUAGUAAGGACAAAUGGACUGGUUGCAUUCUUCCAGAGUGCUUACGAUCUUUACCUCAUACGUGUGACGAUUCAUCUGUUUAUCGUAAAUGUGACUUCUGUCGUCUUUAAUCGAGGAGAGAAAAAAAUGUCAAGAAAAUUGUUCUCAUUUCCCUGAGGAGGAGUUUCGUGUAUGAUUCUUGUGAUUUAUCGUGAUUAUGUCCUUUAUAUAUACAGAAAACGGAAGAUCAAUAUAUGGAUCAAUUUUAUAAUUAAUUAUAUUUCCUCUAUGUUGUGAACUCGGAAGUGUCUCGCGGAAGUAGUUUCCCACGUAGUUUACAUGUUGUCCUAUUUAAAGUCUUCAUCAGGUGUAUAUAUAUAUAUAUAUAUAUCAUUUUUGUACAAGAACAAAUCGUGACGAAGCAGCUGUUCAGCAUGAUGAAAGCAACCAGCGAAUGGGAGGGACUCUGCGAUAAAUAUAUUAGAAUUGUUGAAAAUUAUUCGUCCUAAACGGAAAAUUGGAUCUCGCAAACGAAGCAUUUUUCAUAGAAAUUAAUGUGCAUUUAAAUACGACUUUCUCUCGUCAGAGAGACGGGAAGGAAACAUUCCACCCUUGCAGAACGUUAUGUAUUUUCCCUGCAUUUUAAACCGUUGAAUUUUAUGUGUUUGCGUCAACGCGGUCUGAUUUAGAUUCUAAGUAGCCGUAUAUAUUGAAAUAUAUUAAGCUAUACGUUGCGCCAAGUAAUCUUAACCAAUAUCAUUUUAAUAUCUCCCUUGUACAUGCUGUAUAAAUUUUUACGCCACUAUUGUGGACGACGGAGUGCACAACGGACGUUUUAUUCGAUCAAGUGUGUUGUCCUUUUCGUUUCCGUCUAGAGAAAUUUUUACGUUGAUUACGUAUUACAUAUACGUGUAUAAAUAUGCGGGAGAUUGUAUAUUGCAACCUGUUAAGUCUGUACUUAUAAAUAAUGCUGUUUUUAUCGUAAGAUUGAAUACUGACGAUUAUAGAGCGAACUAGGUACGAUCAAUGAGACGAUUAUUUAUAAUUGUACAUAUUUAUUAUGAUGAUUGCGUUUACUGUACGUAGUGAAUUCGUGUGUGAAUUAGUUUUUCUAAACUUUUGUACAGAACCAUGUACAUAGCGAUUAUAAAUAUUUCGAAAAUAAAGCUUAUUUCAUACGUA